UGCAGUUCUGCGGGUUGACCACUAGGUGGUGGUAAAUAGCAUAUAUGUUUUUUUUAACAUCUGAGGUAGUUGGGCAAGAGGAAGAAACGACUAGCGCUUUGAAAGGUAGUUUAGUCUGAAUGAAUAAAGGAAGGAAGAUCAAAACUCUCCAAAUAGGUUUAACCUCUUGUUACCUGGCUACAAAACUUUGUCUUUAUAUUGUGACCACUACCUGCUAAAGGGCCACGUCAGACUCGGUCAUCCACAGUAAAACAUGGUGGACCCAGAAGUGUCCAUUCUGCUGCACUGUGCACACUGGAGGGGGCUGCUGGAGAACCAUGUACAGGUGGAGCUUUCUGACAGAUUCAACAGGCAGACGGAUCCUUUUCUUGAGCAGCACAUAAACAAGGUCUGGACAGAGCGGCUUUCCAAGGAGCCGUGGCUUUUUAACGGGGCCAAAUUUAGGCUACAUUCCUUCUGCUUGGUCUCUCCAGAACAUCACCGCUGCUUUCGGCCUGACCGUGCAGAGCAGCUGGGUGAUCAUAGAGGAGGUGGUGAAGCAGCUCAGGACUGUGUGGACAUCAUUAAUGGGUGUAUAGUUCAGACCGCAGAUGGUGGAGGGGUCAAUCAGAAGGUGUUGUCCCACUUCUCACCCACUUGUAGCUGCAGUAAAUCACAGCUCGCUCCAGCUGAGCGUCACCCUAGUUCCCUCCUCACCCUGAGGCUAGGCCUCACCUGCUACAAGGACUACCUGGGAACAAACUGGUCGUGUCAGGUUGCAGAGCUCUGUCAACGUGGGCAGGAGGAGUUCGGUGACCCUCUGGCCCUGCUGGCUCAGCCCCUGGGUGUGGGCGCCGUGUUGUGCACACGUGAUGGUCAGGUGGUGUUUAUCAGGAGGAGCCAGAAGGUGGCAGAGGCGGCGGGGAUGCUGGAUAUUCCCGGCGGCCACCCUGAGCCAAAGGCGGUGUGUGAACACCUGGGUGAGGGAGCGGCUGAAGAACACAUCAGUGUGGUCAUGAUGCAGCAGAGGCCGGACGCCAUCGUCUCAGAGCUGUUCUCCUCCGUCUGCGCGGAGAUCAGGGAUGAGGUAAAUAUCCCUUUGAGCAGCCUUGGAGCUCCUGUCCUGAUGGGCGUCGCUCUGAACCACACCAGCGCUGGACGGCCGAGCGCAGAGUUCUACGUCAGCUGCUCUCUGUCUUCUGAUGAAGUUAGAAAGUUGUACUGGAAAGGAGGAGCAGAGGCCAACGAGUCCACGGACGCCGUCUUCCUCUGCAGAACGGAGGUGUUGCAGCUGAACCGGAGCAGCCCUCUGUGGUCGGAGAUGUGUCCCUCAGCUAAAGGGGCCGUGCUACUCUAUCAGAUGGUGAAACCAGAAGGAAAACCAAGCAAAUAAAACAGCAAAACGUCUCCCAGUUAGAUGUAUUCACCUGAACCACUCAGAGGACCAGCAGCAAUGUCGUAAAUUUCUCAUUUUCUGUACUUUGUAAAAUAUGACGGUUAAAAUUAUUAAAAUAUUUUAGUAAAAA